AUGCCAGACGCGUCGGAACGUCGUGCGACGUGCGCCUCCAUCCCAAAAUCCUCGAUCAAACCGCUUCCGAUCCCGAAAAUGUCCGAGAAGCCGGCAGAGCCGGCGAUGAAAUCGAAGCGAUUCAGUCUGGUGCACAUGCCGUCGAAACAAGAGCGCCGAGUCACGAUACGGCCCUACGAGAGCUUCAGGUGAGAGAGAGAACUAGAAGAGGCAGAAAAAAGUGGAAGAGGGGCCCGGGAAAACAUGUUUUGAGUGACCGAAGAGAGAAUCGAAUCAGAGACCGUGUUUAUUCAACUGAAUACGACGGUAAUUGGGAUCAAUCAGCUGACCAAUUCCCGACGGAAUUUGUCAGUUUCAGAAGUGCUAUAACACCAAAUGGCGUUUUCAUGAAUUGAGCGGGUUUUCUCUGAUUUUUGUGGUCAACGGCGAUGAAAAAUGAUUGUUCGACAUGAAAACACACUAAUUCUCACAGAAUUAUGGACGUUUUGGCGCAUUUUUAGUGGAUUUCGCUUUUUCGAAAUUUCGUUUUUUUUCCCUAAAAACCGCACUUCUCAUUUUGCGCUUUCUUGACUGUUUUCAGACAGAAUUUGUUUUGAGAAUGAUAAAUUACGUAAAUACAAGCUUUUUGAGCGCUCGAACCGCGAAAAUUACCGAAAAGCAACUGAAAUUCACGCAGUUUUAGCCAAAAACCUUCAAACUUGACCAAAUUUGACGCUCUUGCGCUUAAAAAAUUCGUAAUAGCCUAUAUAAUCGGUCUAUCGUGAAACAAAUGAGAAAUUAUCGGUUUUUUGUGGCUAAUCUGGCAAAAAACACAAAUUUUGCUGUUAAGAUUUGAAUUUCGCGCCAAUGUAUCGCUCUAUUGGGCCCAUUGUCAGCUCUGGAGACCGUGUAUAACUGAAACUGAACAAUUUUACAUUUCAGAGAGCGAAAAGACGAAAAAUCGGAUUCGAUAACGUUCGGAUACGCGGCGCUGAGCACGAAUGAAGAGGACUCGAAGAAAGACAUGGAUAUGGAGGAUGGCCGGCCCGUCUCACCUUCCAUUUUCUCGAUUUACGGCGACGAGCCCGGUCCCUCCACGGUACUUUUCCACUCAAUUUACGCGUUUCUCGAAGUGUCCAUCGUUUAGAUUUGUGAGCAACCGGUCGGAGCUCAAGCGGACGUCUUCAUAGCCUCGUUAGGCGAGAAAAAGUUGACACAAAUCCGAAAAUUUCUGGACUCGACGCCGCGUGACGAUCAAAUGUACUUUUUAUGGGUCAAGGAUGUCAAUUGUAAUAAGGUUCGUGCUUUUUCUGAUCUUUUUCCCCGAAUUUUUUCACUUUCAGAUUACGGUAAUAUCAAUCAAAACGCUGGAAAAUCAUCUGAAGAAUGAUAGUCGUGUGAGACGGGUGAAGUGGAGGAACGCGUCGACGGAUCGAGUUUCCGUCUAUCGAUAUAGUCUGCCUGCGAUCACUUAUGAGGUAGCUUUUUAUUUUUUUAAAUUUAAAUUUUACCGAUACAAUGCAAACCAUUAUGCCGCGUCGAAAGUCUCGGAAAAACCGGAAAAACCGCAGGUUUUUUUGUCCAAAAUCGGCCGAAAUUUGCGUGAAAAACGGGACAGCUCAACGAAUGCGACCGUACCCGCUAAAACUACGGUAUUUUUUGAAAAUUUGCGCAAGAAAUUUGAAUAUUUUCAAAUUGCCUCAAGAAAUUAACACAAAUUUUCAAAAAAUACCGUAGUUUUAGGGGUACGGUCACAUUCGUUGAGCUGUGCGCACUCCCCGUUUUUCACGCAAAUUUCGGCCGACUUUGGACAGAAAAACCAGCGGUUUUUCCGGUUUUUCCAAGACUUUGGACGUGGCAUUAAGAAUUUUUGUUUGUACAUUUUAUCAGUUGACCACUUUUUGAUAGCUCUACAGACGGCUGAGAUAUAGAUCCGUAUCAAAUUUCACGAAAAUGUAUAUUCAAAGCUCGGCCACACCCAGUUCGUUGCAGAAGUCAAAAUUGUGCAAAGAGUGCAUGUGCCGUCACAAAAAGCUGUGUCUCCUGCUCGUCUGGCUCGCCUUCGUGCUCUUCCUGUGCCUCGUCGUCGUGCUCGGCUCGCUAUCGCCGGACGAUCGAGCGCAUCCGUUCGCGCACAACCAAUCACGCACCCUAACCCCUCAAUCCGUGCUCAUCUCCCAACAAACGCCGCCGCAAUUGUCAAACACAGUACUAUUGAACACUUCGCUGGUUGGAUAA